GGCCAAAGGAAGGUUUGUGUUUUUCUGACCUGGCUGAUCUCCUACAGCUCUUAGUGAAGUGGUAGUUGUGGGGAUGCAUCGCACUGAAUUUCCCCCCACCAUGCCGCACAGAACAAUGAUAAUUUGGGGGAUUGCCUUGGCCUUCCUGUUACCUCCAGCUCUGGGACACAAUGUGUUCCUCGACAACCAAGCAGCUUCAACUGUCCUUUCACGCUCAAGAAGAGCGAAUACAUUAUGGGAGGAGGUGAAGGCAGGAAACAUGGAAAGGGAGUGUGUGGAAGAGAUAUGCAACUACGAGGAAGCCAGAGAGAUCAAGGAGUCAGAUGAUGCCACGAAAAUAUUCUGGCAACAGUAUCAAGCAUGUCAGCCAGGGGUUGGGAAGAAGCAACCCAGGGAGGUACUGCUUACCUGUCUGCAAGGUGACUGUGCAUCUGGCCUUGGGCAGAAUUACAGAGGGACCCUCAGUGUCACCCGAUCUGGAACAGAGUGCCAGUACUGGGGCAGCCAUUUUCCACACAAGACAAAGGUAAAUCCAGACACUCAUUCCGAAAAAAACCUGACAGAGAACUUUUGCCGAAACCCAGAUGACAACCCACUCGGUCCAUGGUGUUACACAAAAAACCCUGAGAAGACCAGAGAGGAGUGCGCAGUGCCUGUAUGUGGUACAGAAAAGACCACAGUGGAGAAAAUUCCUAUAGUAAAACAGGAACCGGUACAGACAGAGGAGGAAGAACACUGCGAGCCGAACCGCGGAAUAGACUACGAGGGGACUCUGGCAGUUACUGUAUCAGGAUUUCCCUGUCUCCCCUGGGACUCCGCAGAGGUGGAGCUGCACAGUCGCAAGGAAUUUCGUAAAGAGGCCGUAUUGAAGGGAAAUUAUUGCAGGAACCCAGACGGGGAUGAUGAGGGCGUGUGGUGCUAUGUAUCUCACCCCAACGUGACGUUUGAUUAUUGUGCACUAAAAUACUGUGACAGCCCUAUUGAUGAAGAAACGGUCUCUGUCAUUGGGGGACGCACAGACACUGCACAGCAUCAGACCUUCUUUGAUGAGAAAAGUUUUGGCAAGGGAGAGUCAGUGUGUGGGCAGAGGCCUCUCUUUGAGCAGAAGAAAGUGCAAGACAAGGGAGAGGAAGAGCUGAUAUUGUCCAUGCAGGGUCGUGUUGUGAAGGGAGAGGAUGCCGAGCGGGGCAGUGCACCAUGGCAGGUGAUGAUCUAUAAAAGACAACCACAGGAGCUACUCUGCGGGGCCAGUCUUAUCAGCGAUACUUGGAUACUCACGGCUGCUCACUGCAUCUUCUACCCUCCCUGGGACAAGAACUUCACAGUAGAUGACCUCCUUGUGCGCAUUGGAAAGCACAACCGAUUAAAGUACGAAAAGCCAGACGAAAGAAUUCUACAGCUUCAGCGCAUUAUCGUGCACCAAAGAUACAACUGGAGGGAAAAUCUUGACCGAGACAUCGCACUUAUGCAGCUGAAAAGACCUCUGCUCUUCACCAGCUAUAUCCACCCUGUGUGCCUGCCCACCAAAGAUAUCGUACAAUCACUUUUUCAGUCAGGAUACAAAGGCCGAGUGACAGGUUGGGGGAAUCUUCAAGAAAACUGGAGCACCGGAGGUCCUAAGCAACCACAGAUCCUACAGCAGAUUAACCUUCCCAUUGUGGAGCAGGAGAGGUGCAAAUCCUCCACCAAGGUCAAAGUCACAGAUAACAUGUUCUGUGCAGGUUACAGGCCAGAAGACAACAAAAGAGGAGAUGCAUGUGAAGGCGACAGCGGUGGUCCCUUUACAAUGAAGGACCCAGUCAGCAAUCGCUGGUACCAAAUGGGAAUAGUCUCUUGGGGAGAAGGCUGUGACCGGGAUAACAAGUAUGGCUUCUACGUACAUGUGCACCGCUUGCGGAAAUGGGUCAUGAAGACUGUAGAACAAAACGCCCUUUCUUAGGAGCGCCCAUAUUAAAAGUCAAAUCUCCCAGCAUUCUUUACUGAACUGUGUAAGGAAAAACACGGAUUUACAGGGCACCACCUUCUGCCUUCUCAGCAUAUAGCAGCUCAACAUAUCCAAAUUCCAAUAGUAUAUUUGUGCAUGUCAAUAAAGUGAUUUAAACACCUCCUCAAA